AGAGUGAUCCUCCUGACAGAUGGAGGUAGAAGGGGAGGGGCAGAUCGAGCGAGAGCGGUAAAGGGAGGAGGAUGAAGGGUUGGGGGUCAGGUAGACAGAGAGACAGACCUCAGCAUCCAUGGUGCCUGCGCAGACAGCUGUUUGACAGACAGAUGAAGGCGAAAGGAACCAAGGAGUGAUGAAGGAUUACUGGUAUACCCCUCUCUUCGUCUUCUUCAUAUUUUAUGGAACCGGCCAGUCCAGCAACAUGCAAACAGAAACAGCAGGUCUGAACUGUGUGAAUGACUAUGUGACAAACAUUUCUUGUGUGUGGUGGAACUCUACAGAUUUCUCCGGCCAGCAAUGUGUGCUUGUGGGGAUAAGCGGCACACAAAGCUCAUGUGAACUGGCGCCACUAAGCGAUCAAUCACAUCCUAAGAAAAGCUGUUCUUUAACUUUUUCGAAACAAGUAAGAUUUUUUUUCCUUAACCAAAUCCGGUUGAAGGUAACCUGUAACAUAUCUGUCAUCACUACACUGGAUUAUCAGCCUGGCCGACACAUUAAGACCCAACCCCCAGAUAAGCCCACUGUCAGCGGGGACAACAUAACAUGGAGUAAAGGCAGUAACUUUCCAGAAGAUAUAGAAGUUUAUGAAUUUCAGCUGCAGUAUAAAGCUGCACAUACAAGCUGGGAGACGGCAGAACAUGUGGAUGUCAUUCAGGAAGCUCCAGUGCAGCUGGACCAUAGUAAACUGACUGUAGGAGAAGAGUACCAGGCCAGGGUACGUGUAAAGCCUGUUGAGCCCAAAGAUGAAGGUUAUUUCCGGGGGGAAUGGAGCGACUGGAGUCCUGCUGUGUCCUGGAGGUCUGAGAUCGGAAAGCUACCAGUAAGACCAGUACUUGAUGAUAUGCAUAUUGUUCUGAUCGUUGGAUUCAACAUAUUGGUUUUUCUUGCUGUUCUUUGUGUGCUCAUCUAUAAGGCAAAGAAAAGUAGCCGAUCAUUAAAAAAACCAAACAAUCAACAUGUUCCAGACCCCUCCAAAUAUUUUCAGCCUCUUCACACUGUUCACGGUGGAAACUUCCGGAAAUGGUUGGGCUGUCAGAAUUCUGUUGGGCCAUUCCUUACCCCUCAGUCAUGUGACGAUAUCUCGCCCGUCGAGGUCUCUGAUUUUUGGGAUGUGUCCUUGAUGGAUCCCGACGCUCAGAUGUCUGCUGCCGCUCUCGUUCACCUCAGUCAGAUGGACUCUGGACUGGAGAACAGCGGCACUAGUCAUGCAUCAUCAUCCGGUUUCUCCAACAUGGGCUACUUCUAUAGCAAAUCCAAUACAGGCUCUCUUUAUCUCGAAUCCUGCCCGGUGUACUUCACCUACCAACCUGAGGAAGACACAAACUCCAAUCAUUCAUCGCCUGGGUCUUCAUUCGACUGCCUGCAAACUCCAAGUUACCAGGUGGAGCAGCCCAUGAGCCCGGAUUCAGGUUUCGACAUGCCUGGAGAGGAGCAUUUUGAGGACGACCAAGAAGAUGAAGAUGGUGGUGCGGAGAGAUGUGCGGCGGAAGGACAAGCUCUGGUUUCCUUCAUUAUGUCGCUGUCGCAGGCUUCCCACAAUGCUUUUCGCCCAGCAGAGAGUUUCGCUCCGGUAACCAUCAUCACACCUUGGUCUGAACCUGUGAGAGCACCCAGCUGCGCUUCCACCUCUGAGCCUGCAGAGGGCGCCGUGGUCAGACCCUCAUCCAUGAUCGAGCCCUGCGGGAGUGGAUAUCUGACCCUGAAAGAGAUGCAGAAAUACAGCAACAAAUCCAUCUGAACGCAGGACUAGUCCAUCUCUAUCUGAAAAGGGGAGACCGGGGUAAAAUGAAACUCAGGUUAGGUUUAUUUUUGAAACUCAGUUUCUACACCAACAGAUACAGUACAGUUCAAAUGUCUGGGGUCAGUAAAUAUUUUAAUGUUUUUAAAAUAAGUCUCUAAUGCUCACCAGGGCAUAUUUGAUUAAAAAAAUACAGUAAAAUUAGUAAUAUUAUGAAAUAUUAUUAGAAUUUAAAAGAACUAUUUUUUAUGUGAAUGUGUUUUAAAUUAUAAUAUAUUCCUGUGAUGCAAAGCUGAAUUUUCAGCAUCAUAACUUCAGUCUUCAGUGUCACAUGAUCCUUUAAAAACUAUAAUAUUAUAAUUAUAUUAUUUUAGUGAAAACUGUGAUACAUUUUUUCAAAGAAAUUUAUUUGAAAUAGAAAUCCUUUGUAACAUUAUAAAUGUCAUUUCUGUUACUUUUGAUUAAUUUAAUGCAUUUAAUGCAUAGAAAAAACUUACUGACCCCAAACUUUUGAGUCAGAGUGUACCUCAAAGACUCCGCUACAAAAAAGCUGUUGAACAUUUUAAGAGUUAUUAUUUAGGGAAAAAGACAGUUAUUCAAACAUCACAUCAUACCAAUCACAUUGACCUUUUGUGACAACAUACCCCACCCUCUCAGGGCUCUACACUUACCUUUUUUUUUGGAGCACUUGUGCUCCUAACUUUAAAAUUUUAGGAGCACAGUCAAAAUUUUAGGGGUACCUUUUAAUCAAUAAUCAAAAAAUCUGAUCGGCCUUCCCAUUACAAGGUGAUAUUUUUUUAAAAGUAAAAAUCUUUUGCCAAUUUUUAACAAAUUAUAUUUUUUUAAGCUUUUUUUAAAAUUUCUAAUUAAAACAACAGAAUAAGAACAAGUAGAAUAAGAAUAAGUUACCAAUCAAAUGAAAUCAGUAUUAACAAAAUUAAUUUGUACUUCUGCGGUGGCACAGAAGAACACAAAAGUGUUUAAUGAGGCUCAGAGGUGGCAUGAGUGCAAUCAAAUUCAUAAAUUCAUGUUGAGAUUAAUGUGUAAAUAUAAAAUUUGGAAUACAGAAAUAUUAAAUGAUUUAAAUAACUGAAAAGAUACUUUAAAAACUAAAUCUGCCAGUAGGUGGCAGCAAUUCACUGAUUUAAUUACUGAAUCAUUCAUUCAUUUGAUUCAUUCGAACGGCUAAUUCCAUCAGGAAUAAAGCAAGUGACUCUUUAUGAAUAGGAAAUUGAAUCAUUGACUCACUAGAUUUGUUUAAAAACGCACGUUCAUUUAUAAAUGAAACACCGCUGUGUUUGAAUGGAGCUGUGCAGCAGCUCAUUUGUGACUUGUUUCAGACUAUUUUUGAUGCGACUGAAAUGGUCGCACUGUAGAGCCCUGCCUCUGGGGGUAAGUUGUCACAAUGGGAACCUAUCAUUAAACAGCCUAUUAUAGGCUUUGAUAAAAUUGCAAUAUAAAUAGGAUUAGUGAAAUAGACCAAGACUAUUCAUAAAGCAGUGAAUGCAUACAAGAUGGUAACAUACUGACAUAUCAAACCAUUGUUUUGAAAAUAUGCACCGACCUGCCAUUUACACUUUGUUGGAGAGUAGAAUUUACAAAAUUUAUUCUAGUUUAACAGCCACUGCUAGAGAAAACACUCACAACCACAAUCUUGUAACGCCCUGCCCCGGUCUCCUCCAGACAGUUUAUCUGCAUUAAUUCCACAUAACCGCAAAUUUCACUUUACUAUAUUCCAUUUGAAUGAAUUAAACAGUAUUAAAAAGGCUGAAGAUCCUCAACAGCUGCAUUGUAACAGCAUUAAACUGUUAUAUUUUAGACACCUUUGUACAGCGACAUGAUAAGCUAGAUUUCAAGGGCAUGUUCUGGGUUUAACACAACUGUGAUUGUCCGGGCCACUGUAAUAAGAACAAUUUACAGCUCAGAAAACACAUUUUCGUAUGGAAAGGGUCACGCUGAAAUGAUUGUCAGAUGCUGAUAAGAGUUUGUGAACCCAGAACAUUCCUGUGAAGCGACUGUUACACUUUUGUUUGACACAUAUGAACCACAUUUGAUUUUAGGAUAUCUUAUGUUUGCAUUAUUGGUGUAAUAACGUUUAAUUUAGCAAAUGUUGACGCUGAAUAUACCCUGAUAGCACAUGUACAUCACCGAGACGUCUAUUUGACGUCUGCAUUUACAUCUGGAAGACGUAUUUUUUAAAGCGUUUGCUCAUCUGCAAUACGUCUAUAGAACGUUUCCUAUCAGAUGUCAAAUAGACGUCUGUUAGAUGUCUUUAAGAUGUUUAUGAUUUAGAAUGUAUGUAAAACUGACGUCUUACAGAUGUCUGUCAUAUGUUUGUACACAGCAGAAGCUUUCCAGAUCAAGAGAUCUUUAACAGACACAUUGCAGACGUACGUGGGCUAUCUGGGUAGCUUAUACAACUUUAUUUGUUGGAGGUUAUUGCUAUCAUUUAAUAUGUUCAUUUGUGAGAUAUAAUUGGCUAAAAUAAUUUUGUUUUCAAUAUUCAAAAUCGAGCGCAAAGCGUUUGCUUGAUUUUUAGCUGCUAAUAAUGUUUAUCUGACUGCUACAAACAUAGUAUAAAUGCUGCUUUUCAAAUGUGAAUUAUUUGUUUUAGAAAUUUAGGGAGUCAUUUUUGCCUACAUGGGCAAUCCAUUAAUGCCGAAGCCUCAACGUUGUUCAAGGUACCAAUCUCUCCAGAUAUUACAACACUCCGAUAUACUGAUAUCUGUGCAUUUUCAGACAGUUUUAAAACAACUGUAUGUAGUUUUGUGUAUUUUUGCCACUUCAGCGCCCCCUACAGUUAGUUGAGUGGAAUUCACUGGUGUAAAAUAUCACUUUUGUCACGCUAAACAAUUACUGUAUUUGCAUUAUUGUAGGGGUAGGUGUAGACAGUAAUAAAACAGAAUGUAAUAGGUAGCAAAUUAAUUUAUUGUUAUUUUAUGGCAAGAUUUUGCAUCACUUCCAGCUGUAGCUGUAUUCACAACCACUGUAUUGUAGCCACAACCAUGUUUUUUUGUGGAAUUUCAUUCUAAACAUAGACCAUUAGAAUAAAUUAAAAAAUUAUAUGUCAAUGUUUUUAAACAAAAAUGUAUAUGCAGUUGCUAUAAGGACUUUAGUUGCAUUAUUUGAGCAUUUCUGGAUUAUACCUGUAAGAGAGCUCUGGAACAAGCAUUUUUUUCCAUUAUAACAAAAUGUAAUUAUUUUUUAUAAACUAGUAAAAUAUGCAUUUUGUUUAAACAAAGAAUGCCAUUUAUUUUGUACUUGCUGCAUUUACUCAAUAGUUGUUAUAUAUUUGUUACCUUUUUUAUCGUAGUUAUCCAAUGUAUUCUUACUUGCAUGUUUUUUACAAAAUAAAAUAAACUCCCAAAAAUA